CGGCAUAAAAUCUCGCGAGAGAGAGAGGAAAUCGGCUUUGAAAAAUGGCGGACGAGGUGGACCAGCAACAAACCACUAAUACUGUAGAAGAGCCCUUGGAUCUCAUCAGACUUAGUCUUGAUGAACGAAUUUAUGUGAAAAUGAGGAAUGACCGAGAACUUCGAGGCAGAUUACAUGCUUAUGACCAGCAUUUAAAUAUGAUUUUGGGUGAUGUUGAAGAGACUGUGACUACGAUAGAGAUUGACGAAGAAACAUAUGAAGAGAUUUAUAAAUCCACCAAGAGGAAUAUUCCAAUGCUGUUCGUCAGAGGAGACGGAGUUGUACUUGUUGCUCCUCCAUUGAGGGUUGGCUGAACGCAUGGAAAAUGUAUCCCCUGGAAAACAUGAGGCCUCAAGAUACUGGCUUCUGCUCUCCUGAAUAUUAAGACUCUGCACAUAAUUUUACAGGGGAUUCUUCCACCUGACUAUGUGUUGUUCUGAAGGCAAGAGCUCAUUUGGCAAAUAAAGGACAUGAAAGAGUUUUCCUACACUAGUUUAAAUGCUAUUUUCUUCUGUACCAGUUCAGUGGAUUUAACUUUAUAGUUAACACUUAUGUUAAAACGGCAAUCCUUUUUUUAAAAAAAAUAAACCUUUUGUUGGCUUACUUUC